CCAGUGAGGACCCUCCUGGUUCUGUCUUUGUCCUACCUGCUCAUCUACACCUCCUACAACGGCAUCCAGAACAUCCAGAGCAGCAUCAAUGACAAGGGUGGACUCGGGGUCAUCACACUGGCCUCAGUCUACAUCAUGAUGGUCUUAUUUUGUAAGUACAAAACCGCACUGUCCCCAGACUACGACUCUACAUCCUCUACAUCAUGAUGGUCUUAUUUUGUAAGUACAACACCGCACUGUCCCCAGACUACAACUCUACAUCCUCUACAUCAUGAUGGUCUUAUUUUGUAUGUACAACACCGCACUGUCCCCAGACUACAACUCUACAUACUCUACAUCUUAGUGUUCUUAUUUUGUAAGUAUAACAGUUGGCAGGAAGUACUGACCUAGAAUUUAUUUUUAUAAGAUCUCUGUCAUGGAAAAAAACAACAACAUAGGUCUUUCCUUUGCAAAUAAAGAAGGAUAAAUGAAGGAUUGUGUUCAAGCUGUGUGAAGGAAAUAGCUGAACAAAUGCCAUUUCUUGACAUUUUUUCAUUUGUACUGUCUGCUGAGAAGGCUCACAGCAGAAACAUUCUCAUCUUAUUGUCCUGUCUUUCGAUUCAAGCUUCCACAUACCUUGGUCCACUAUCUCUUUCCUCCGCAACAUCAUUUAGAAUGUUCACAACAACAUAUAACAAUUUUUACCCCACCAAAUCAAAGUUUCUAUUAAUUUUAUAGCCCCGCUGGCCACCAGCAUCAUUAGACAAGUAGGCUCCAAGACAAUCCUUUUAAUCCAAUGGGUCUGCAUAGGGCUGUUCAUCGGGGCCAACUUCUACCCCAACUUCUACACCUUGAUUCCCACGUCGCUGCUGGUCGGCGCUUGCUCCGCCUGCACGGGCGCCAUAGGAAGCCUCUACCUUGUCACCAUCAGUGACAGCUAUAUUGUCAAGAACAAACUCACCCCAGACAGACGACACGUCAUACUCAGCAUAAUUUUCGGAGUGUUCUUCACUUUCUUCGAGUCCACCCAGAUCACAGGGAAUCUCUUCUCAUCCCUGGUGCUGUUCAUAUUUUCCUCACAGCCCACUGCCAACGCCACAGCAAGCGACAAAGUCUGUGGGGCCCAACUGUGCUCAGGAACUUCCACAAACGGCUCCUCCUCUGAGAUAUCACAUCCUAGCCAAGAUACCUUGUACCUGUUGUUCGGCAUUUUCCUCGGAUGUGUGUUGCUGGGGUUCCUGCUGACUUUGACCCUGCUGCCCCAGUUGAAGCUGCCUCAAGAAAAGUCGUCUUUGUGCCAUGAGAUCGGCAGCUGUUUCAGGACACUGGCUCAAGUCAGGUGUGCACUGCUGGCUCCUGUCAUCAUGGCCCAGGGCAUGAUGGUCAUGAUCAUGUACACAGGUAGGUACGGUCAGGAUGGUGGUAAUCAGUGGUUGUCAUAAUCAGGAUGGGUGUAAUCAGGAGGGUUGUAAUCAGGAUGGUUAUGAGAAUGUUUUUAACAUAUGUGGUUAUAAUCAGGGCCGUUAUAAUAAGGGUGGUUCUAAAAACAGUAGUUGUAAUCAGGCUGGUUAUAAUCACAGUAGUUGGGAUUAGGGUAGUUAUAAUAACAGUGGUUGUAAUCAAGAUGAAUGAGACGUCUGGCUAUAACUGCACGUGUGUGAGUCCUAGUUUUGAGCUGCGUCUGCCUCUGGUCAAUAACAUGAUGCAGGAGUUGCUUUCUAUGGUCAAUAUAAAUAUUCUGACAAAUAAUAUGACAAAUAAUAUACCAAAAAUCAAUUUUUCUGAAUAUUUCUUCAACAUUGUCCAGAAUGUGAGCAAUGUCUUAAACAAGAAACUAAUUAAACCUCUGGCCUCCAAUAUUUUCAUCUUUGGAUCUGCAUCUCAGGCAUUUCUUUCCUUGCAUGAAUGCCAUUAUAUUAAUUCAGGGUAAGCAUUUAAUAAAAUUGGCAAUAAUAUAUCAGGACUUUAAAAUAAACAUAUUUUAAAAAAUUUCUUCCAGGUUUCACCCAAGCCUUUGUCAGCUGCAGCAUGGGUGUGGAGUGGGUUGGGUUUGUCAUGAUGGCGUACGGUGCAUCCACCGCCAUGUUUGCCACAGUGGCCAACUACCUAGCCCGUUACCUGGGCAGAGUGGUGCUCAUGAUCACAUUCAUCGUGGUGGACUCCGGCCUACUUGUGACGAUGCUGCUGUGGACCCCGGGCCACGGUCAAGUGUCGACCAUUAUAAUCUUCUCCAUGGCUGUUGCCGAAGGGGUGUCCGAGGGCAUAUCCCAGCCACAGUUCAACUCAAUCGUCUCCAUUGUGUUCAGAGAGAAUCUCCCACCAGCUUUUGUUGUGUACUACAUGAUCAAAUGCCUGUCGUUUUCCAUAUCUCUGGCCGUGUCCUCGUUUGCUUGCCUAUACCACAGACUGUAUCUGGCCUUAGGUUUGUAUGCUCUAGGACUCGUAGGGUACGUGAUAACAGAGGUUAUGGCCAACAGAAGACCCAGUGAGGAAGAAAAA